AUGACGAAUUCUCACAAGAAGACCCAAGAAACCCCAACGGCUCGGGAGGGCAGACAGCGUCCACUCGCAGGUAUGGUAGAAUCGGCGCAUAUCUACUGUCGCAUUCUUCUGUUGACUAAAGUGUCUCUGGCCAUAGAGAAUGAAACUCCAUCCGAGACCUCUGCCUCUAGUGACCCGGUCAGCUAUGAAGCUAUUCUCCUGCAGAAGCAUGCUCUCUUAGCGGAAGAAGCCGUCACAUAUCAGGUGAAAAAGAUCACCCCCAGCAAAAAGGGCUCGACGUCAAGUGAAGAGCCAUGCGAACCUGUAGCCGAGCACUACAGCGACAACGAGAAGCAUGACUUCAGAGUCGGGGAAAUAUACAGGAUAUGGCAUCCUCUGAAUGUUAACGUACACCUGGGUACCUUCUUGGUUAUGGACAUCGAAGGCACCGAAAUGGUUUGUUUGAAGCUGAAGCAUUGUCAUCCCAACGACGUUGAUCGGACAUUCGACGAAACACAUGUCAAGCUUAAAGCGUUGCCGCACGUGCCUGGCUCAUACGUCCAUCGGAGAGCAAGCAGCCGUUUGCGAGCCAAGCAACAGGAGGAGGAACAGGAGGCCGGCUCUGAUUAUGUGGUCUAUAUGGAAAACCAGCAGUGCCUAAAAGAGGACUCUUAUAUCAAUCUGCGGAGGUCCUGGGACAUCAACUGGCAGGACGACUAUCAGUUCGUCUAUUGCGGCAGGCUCGAAGAGAAGUCGUUCUACAGUGUUUUGGAUAUCCAUGUGGAUCGGUACAGUAACAACUUGAGGAGGCAUGUUGUUCGGUGGGGAGAUGCGGGAUAG